UGCGUGAAACUGUUGAAGUAGCAGCCUGGGACCUCCAAUGGCAGAUGAAAAGUCGAGUUUCAGGUGGCGAUGAAUGCACGAUCUGAUUCCGAUGUCCCAUACAACGGCGAUGCGCUGAUAGGCGUGUCCGUUGCGAUUGCCGUUGUUCAGAUCGUGGUGGUUAUAGCACGCUUUUAUACACGACGACGUCUGCAGCAGCUGGCCUUCGCUCUCGAUGAUUAUCUGAUUCUUCUGGCAUUGGUACUUGCCUAUCUUUCUGGUUACUACGGUUUUGUGCUUACAUUUUUGCAGAUCGCCAGCUUAGGCCAAUCGGCUUUGUACAUAAUCUUGGUCAAGCUCGCAGGAGUCGGACAUCACAUGGAAUAUGUCGAAGAGACGCCUGCAAAGCUGGUGAUUUUGGAGAAGGGCCUGUACGCCAACGAGAUCCUCGACUUCCCGUUUACGGUCACUCCAGCCAAAAUAUCCAUUCUGGUCUUCUACCUCCGAAUUUUCACCACUCGAUCGUUCAAAAUAAUGGCCUAUAUAGUCGGUGCUAUCGUACUCGGACACGGCCUCGGUAUCCUAUUUGCAGCCAUCUUCCAGUGCUGGCCGAUAGCAUACGUCUGGGACAAAACCAUCGAAGGAGGAUCAUGCUUCAAUCAACUGGCCUUCUACCGCUACGUGUCACCGCCAAACAUCUUGACAGACGUCCUCAUCCUGAUCAUGCCAUUGCCAUAUGUCUGGAAACUACACACGCGAAAAGGGCAGAAGUUAGCUUUGACGGGAGUAUUCCUUCUCGGCAGUUUAGGAACCGUAGCCAGUAUCUUACGUAUGACAAUCUUCUUCCAAGAAAACGCCACGACCGACCCAACCUGGACAUCCACCAACCUCGGCAUCUGGACCAUCCUAGAAGGCGGCAUCAUCAUCAUCGCCGCCUGUCUCCCACCCAUUUGGCCAUUGAUCAUGCGCAUCCUCCCUCAACAGCUACGCAGCAAGGGAUCAUCACAGACUCCGCAGCGCUACUACCAACGCCGCUACCCGACUAACCAGGCCAAUGGCAAGACUCCGGAGGGCUUUUCUCGACUCGGAGAUAACAGUCAGUCGCGCGGAUCGCAUGUCCCAUCGCUGGGGAGUCAGACGAUCGUGGCGCGUGAAUCUGAGUAUUAUUCGGAGAAUAUCUCGUUGGAGGAGGCGGUGCAUGGGUAUAGGGUUGUGGAGAGAGAGGGGCCGUAGAUUCGUUGAUGUAUAAAAGUAUCAUUGUUUUUGGGUGUUAUGAGUUUAAUGAUGAAAUCUGAACUGAUCUAUAGUUAUAUAGAAGUAAAUACUAUAGAAACCCUC